AUGUCUAACCUAAAUGCCUUCAUCUCCAACGGCACCUGCUACUCCGGUCGCGAUGACGAGGCCGAUCCGCUUAUGCUCCCCUGCGGCAACGCCGGUCUAGGCCACAAGACGUGCUGCCAGGCCGGCGACAUGUGUCUCUCCAGCCACGCCUGCUUCAACGGCAAGUUUGGAAUCACGUAUCUCUCUGGCUGCAGUGAUCCCGAGUACAAGGACGAGAGCUGUCCCGACAAAGGCGCCUUUGACGGCCAACCCUGGACCGGCCUCGUCUACUGCAACGGCACCUCCAACCAAUGGGUCGCCUGCUCGCAAUCCUCCCGUCCAGAAACCCUCACCUCAGCAGACCACUGCUUCUGCCCCUCCACCUCGCGCACAGUCGCCUUCACCGACGCAUCCAUCCUCGAAAACGUCGUACAGCUCCCCACGGCCUCGGGACAAAGCGUCAUAUGGCAACCGGGACACGUGCCCUCACCCACAACCGACUCGAGCGGCCCUUCUACGAGCGCGACGUCUGGGGACGCUGCCCCUUCGCAGACUGAUGGAGCAGAUCUGGGCGAUAACAGCAGCGGUGGCGGGGGUUUGAGCGUAGGCGCAAAGGCGGGGAUUGGUGUAGGUGUUUCUGUGGGCGCCAUUGCUGUUUUCGCCGUCUUGGCUCUGCUUUUCCUGAGGCGGAGGAGGAAGGACGAUGAGAAUAAAUCCAAGGCCGAGCUGGAGAGUAGUGGUGACGGCAGUGUUGCGCCAGGGCCUUUUGGUGCGCCGGGGACGCCCGGUUCGCUGGCGGCGCCGUCGGAGUUGGAGUCGAGGGGCGCGAGACCGUGGUCGAUGAGGUCGGAGCUAGAUGGGACUGCGUCCACGGUUACCCCGGCGGCGGCGAAGAGGGAGUCGAAUCUGAGGCAUAGCGAUUCGGCAACGCCGGAUCCGCAGCCGUAUGCUGCGGCUGAGCCGAGGAAUGGUCCCAUUGCGGAACUUCCAGGCUGA